AUGAAAAAACGAUACGAGUUUCUCAUCGGAGAGGUUGCUGGAACUCCAUUUGAUGAAAAAAAGAAAAAAAACAAAAGAACAAGGAAGGUAGAUCAAAUGAUUCUUCCUGUAAACGAAGAUGAUGAUCAAAUUAUUGCUGCAAUUGACAGCCUAUUA